AUGGCCGACACGGAGGAGAAGGACGACGAGAAGGCCGGCGACGACGAGAUGGGCACCUACACGCCGUCGCAGAUCGACAUCGACGCCAUCGCGAGCGCCAAGAGUUUGGGCGACGCCAUGCGCCUCCUCGCGCCCCAGCUCGAGGGCCUGCCCCGGAGGUCGCGGGGCAAGUACGGCAAGCGCAAGCACCUCACGCCCGAGGAGAAGGCCGAGCUCACGCGGCGGCGGAACCGGGAGAACGCGCGUUCCACGCGCAUGCGGCGGAAGAUGUACAUCAAGCACCUCCAGCAGGUCGCGGAGACGCUCAAGGAGCGCCACGACGAGCUCAACUCGAAGAUGGCCGCGCCGCCGCCCGACGGCUACACGCGGCGCCGCGACGCGGUGCGCCGGUUCCUCGAGUUGAGGGGCGCGCGGUGCCUCGACCCGUCGUCGUGGCGCGAGGUGCUCGGCGACGGCUUCGUCCUCACGCUGCCGCCGACGCCCUACCGCGCCUACCCGGACGAGGAGCUCCGGCAGCCCUCCGUGCGCACCGUCGCGGGUUUGGAUGCUCUCCUCGCGGACGUCGCUUCCCUCAACGCGGCGCUCGACGCCGCGUCCGCGGGGCGCGCGGAGGCCAACGCGCGGCGCGGGUUGGACAAGAAGCGCAAGCGCGCCAGUCCGCCCCGCGGGCCCGCGGGCCUCGCCUACGAGGUCGACCCGGGCUCCAUCGUCCACGUCGGCGACGUCUACAUGUGCGCCUACGCGUGCACGGUCAGCGUCGAGGACCCCGCGGGCCUCGUCAGCGCGACCCACGCGGGCAUGGCCAAGUGCACCUUCGCCCCGGACCACACGCUCGCCGCCGUCCACCUCCGCUUCGACGCCGCGACGGUCCACGCCACGCUCCGGGACCUCGAGUCCGCGCCCGCGCCGCCGCCCUCCUGA